AUGAUUCCUUUAUUUUCUAAGGGCAAAAUAGAUAAACUGUCUCUAUAUUUGCGAAGAAAUUUGCAUGAUAUACGGCAUACUUUCAUUCGGAGACCAAUUGUAACAACAACACUGUACUAUAAUAAUAAUAAUCGUCCAGGUUUAUCAUCCACGUCUCCACAAUUGCAUAAUAAUAUAUCAUACACGUUCCUCCAUUCAAGAAUACGAUAUAUUCAUACACCGAAGAGCAAGGGUAAUGACUCUCCUCACGACACAUCCAACACAUUACAACAUCUAAUUGCAGAGAAAAAUAGACGUCUAUCACAAGCCACCAACAUCUUCCAAAAAUUGAAAAUAAACAUCCGUUGGAUCCUAAAAAAAUCAUACAAGCCGUUCAAUGCAGACGACAUAAGUGCAGUCAUCUCUUGGGUCCUAGUAAGCAACGUAAUAAUAUUCAUCUUAUGGACCACCACAUUCGUCUCCCUAAUUAUCUACUUAUUAAAUUCCAUCUCAUUACAAGAUUACCUAGUGAAAUCUAUUGGUAAUUUAAUAACAAGAGGCACACCAAACUUAUCAGUAAUCUUUGAGGACGCCAUAGUACCGGAUUGGUCCUCUGGGAAGAUCAUAUUCAAAAAUGUGUUUGUUUCAAGAAGACCCAAAUUAUUGAAGGGGUUCCAAAAGGGGUCACAAGAAGAUGCCGUUCAAAGAGCUAACUUGGCCUUGACGGAGAAGAAUCUGUUGUUUUUGUCACCGGAGUCUUCCUCUUCAGCGAAUGAGAAUGAUUGGAAUUAUACGCAGUUUGAUUUGACUAUUGAUAAAGUGGAGAUUUCAUUGAAUUUCACCAAAUGGUUGAAUGGAAAAGGUUGUCUUGAUGAAGUGUCUAUUAAUGGUCUUCGUGGGAUUGUGGAUAGAACUCAUAUACGAUGGAAGGACAAUGAUGAUCCGAGAGAUUUUAGAAAUGUUUAUCAAUUGGGAGAUUUUGAGAUUUCGAAAUUUUCAAUGAAUGAUGGAUUGUUUACUUUGUAUCAACCUAAUGGAUUUAGACCGUUCCAAGUUAGUAUAUUUAAUUGUGAUUUACCACAAUUAAGGAAACAUUGGCUUUUUUAUGAUAUUUUGAAGGCUACUAACGUUAGUGGGACCUAUGAUAAUUCCAUGUUUACCAUUCAUAGAACAUUACAAAAUACAAAUACUCAACAGGAGGCAACUAAUGAUAACAAUAAUAAUAAUGAUUCUCAUCAUGGAGAUAGUCCACCAUGGAGGAAAAUUACAAGAUUAAGGGUAGAUAAUUUAGAUGUAGAACAUUUAAAUAGAGGCAUAGAGGGUCCAUUUGGUUGGAUCAGACAAGGUCAAGUAGACAUGGUUGGUGAUGUCUUAUUGCCCGAUAAAGAGGCGGAUAAAUCAGAAAUCAAGGCAAUAUUGGCAGAGAUUGGUGAUAGGUUUUUAAAUGAAGCGAAAAAAUUAUCAUCCUCUUCCACAACUCGAUCAUCAAGAGACACUGAGAAUACUACGAUAGAUCCUGAACAAUACUUCAUUAUGAAAUUCUUCCUUAAAUUGAAAAACGUCAAGGCAGAAGUACCAUUAUUUCCCUCGGAAUUGAAUUAUAUUAAUGGUACAUUAAUACGACCCAUAGUCGGGUAUAUAAAUUCAAGAAGGACAUAUAUCCCCAUUGAAUGUAAAGUGAUUAAGAAUGUGGCAGAUUUUGAAGGGUCCUGGACCAUCUAUGAUUCAUAUCUGAUGAAGGAUUUAAGUGCAGAAGUUUACGAUGCAUUUGCUAAAUAUGUAGCAGACCAACAACAACGAAAGAAACGGUUCAAGAGAAUCAGUUUCUGGUCAUUGCAAAUGUUAAUCCAGUUGGUUUUAAUGAGUGUCGGUACCAUAGCAUAG